AAUUCCUCUUUCUCUCUCACCCCCUGAAUAAUUUCUACUAAAGUUUUUUAAGAAAAAAAAAAAAAAAAAAAACCCACAUAUCCAUUGAAUUGAAAAGAAGAAAAUGGGUUUCUUUGGGCAUCAUAUUUCCAAACGAAUGGCAUCUCUCUUCAUCUUCUUCCUCUCGACCAUCUCUCUCUUCAUUUCUGCAACUGCUCUGUUUAACGUUACCACUAUUCCUUUUCACAAAGGUUUCGAUCCUCUGUUUGGCCCCGACAACAUCUUCCGAUCGCCGGACGACAGAACCGUCGAUCUUAUCCUUAACCAGUACACAGGUUCUGGGUUUAAGUCUUCAGACCUUUACGACCAUGGAUUAUUCAGUGCAAGGAUUAAGCUGCCGUCCGAUUACACCGCAGGAAUUGUCGUAGCCUUCUACACGACAAACGGCGAUGUAUUUGAGAAAACCCAUGAUGAACUGGAUUUUGAGUUCUUGGGGAAUAUAAGAGGAAAAAGAUGGAGAUUUCAGACGAACGUUUAUGGAAAUGGAAGCACGAACAGAGGAAGAGAAGAAAGAUACCUUCUUUGGUUUGACCCUUCAAGAGAGUUCCACCGCUAUAGUAUUCUUUGGACCACCCAAAAAAUCAUCUUCUAUAUAGAUGAUGUGCCGAUUCGGGAGAUAGUAAGAAACGAAGCAAUGGGAGGGGAUUUCCCUUCGAAGCCCAUGGCUCUAUAUGCAACCAUAUGGGAUGCAUCCAAUUGGGCAACAUCGGGUGGGAAGUACAAGGUCAAUUAUAAGUAUGCCCCAUUUCUAACCAAGUUCACCGAUCUUGUCCUUCAUGGUUGUGUCUCUGACCCUAUUGACGAGGUUCUUAUCCCAAGUAGUUGUAUGUCGGAAGGAGGAGAAGAUGAUCGAUUUAGAAACAUUGAUGAUAUACAGAUCACGCCAAGGCAGAGGCAAGCUAUGAAGAAAUAUAGACAUAAAUACAUGUAUUAUUCUUAUUGUUAUGAUAACUUGAGAUAUCCAAUUACGCCGCCAGAAUGCGUGAUCGACCCAUUGGAAAGGGCGAAAUUUAAGGAGACGGGGAGGUUGAAGUUUGAGGAUAGGCGUCAUCGUCGUGUAAAAGGUAGAAGUGAAGUUUCGAGUACUAAGAAUUAUGAGGGUCAAGAAGAUGGUUGAUGAUCAUCUAUAUUAUAUAUAUACAUGAUAGAGCUUGAUUUUGUGAUAUGUAGAUAAUAGUUUGAACUUUGAAGUCAAUUUUAUACUUGGAGUUGAAUAAGAAGGGGCCAUGUUCUCUUGCUAUUGUUGUUACUUGGACAUGAUAAUAUAGAAAUUGAAAUAUUCAUUUUUUUAAA